AUGGAUAAAAGUUGGAUUCUUCUUAGGAACAGGGCAUUACCAGAAUACUUGAAUGGCGUGGAACAAUUUUUGAACUUUGCAUUUUCAAAUCCUAAUGUUGAUUCAGAUUUAGGAAACGAUGAUGCUGCCACUUUCAAGAUGUUGCAUGACAUGUAUCGUGGUAUUCCUACAGAUAAUAUAACUUAUGAGUCAGAGCUGAGUCUAGAUAUGAAGAACCUAAUGCAGAAGCUAAGAUGCUUGCAUGGUUGGAGUAAUACUUCAUUAGACUCUUUGUUAAAAUUAUUAAGUGAUGCUUUUCCCAAAGGACAUGUGCUCCCUAAUUCUAUUUAUGAAAUUCAAAAGAUUAUUAAAGAUUUGGGUCUAGAUUACGUGAAAAUAGAUGUUUGUGUUAAUAAUUGCAUCUUAUAUAGAAAGGAAUAUGAGGAUCUUGAGCAAUGCCCUGAAUGUGGUGAGAAAAGAUGGAUAGUACGAAAAGGAGAAGAUGACACUGAAGUUGCUUCAAGUAAUUUGAAUAAGAGAAAGAAAGGAAUUCCUAGAAAAAUUCUUAGAUACUUUCCUUUGAUACCAAGAUUACAACGGUUGUUUAUGACUAAACAAACCGCAGAAGAUAUGAGGUGGCAUAAAAAUAAACGAGUUGAUGAUGGAGUAUUAAGGCAUCCAGCUGACUCACUGACAUGGAAAACUUUUGAUGAGAAACAUUUGGAUUUUGCAUCAGAUCCACGUAAUGUAAGACUUGGACUUGCUUCAGAUGGUUUUAAUCAUUUUGGUUCCAUGAGUAAUGCCUACAAUGUGUAUCUCCAACAUUUGGUUGAUGAUUUGAAAAAAUUAUGGGAGGAUGGAAUUGAGACUUAUGAUGCUUUUAAGCAACAAAAUUUUCAAUUGCGUGCUUCUUUAUUGUGGACAAUUAAUGACUUUCCUGCAUAUGGCAUUUUGUCCGGUUGGAGCACUAAAGGUAAAUUCGCUUGUCCUGUUUGUCAUGUAAAUACUUGCUCCAUUUACUUGAAACAUGGUCGAAAGCAUUGCUACAUGAGUCAUCGUAGGUUCUUAGAGAUAAAUCAUCCUUAUCGUCGGAGCAAAAGUUCUUUUGAUAAUACAAGGGAAGAAAGACUUACACCACAAGCAUUGAGUGGAGAUGAUGUGCUUGCACAAAUAAAUACAUCCUCACAAGGAUCCAUAGGUGAUAACACAAGAAAAAGAAAACGAGAUGCCGAAAGACGUGACAACUGGAAGAAGAAAAGUAUAUUCUUUCAACUACCAUAUUGGAGGACUGUAUUGUUGAGACAUAAUUUGGAUGUAAUGCAUAUAGAGAAAAAUAUUAGUGAAAGCGUCAUAGGAACGUUGUUGGAUAUUGACGGAAAAACAAAGGACACAUUGAAAUCUCGAUUGGACAUACAAGAGAUGAGAAUCAAAAAGCCGCUCCAUCCAACUAAAAGUGGGGAUAAUCGUUGUGUCAAUGUUAAGGAAGCUAGAAUUUUUGGACUUAAAAGUCAUGAUCACCAUGUUCUUUUCCAGCGUAUCUUUCCUCUUAUCAUCAAAGGAAUUUUGCCAAAGGAUGCAUAUGAUCCGUUAAUUGAAUUGUCAUUAUUCUUUAGUGAUUUGCGCGCUAAAGAGUUGCAUAUGGACAAGUUAGAUAAAAUAGAUAAAAGCAUACGGAUGACAAUUUGCAAACUAGAACGUAUAUUCCUACCAACGUUCUUUGAUGUCAUGGUUCAUUUGGCAAUUCAUUUAGCAAAGGAGGCAAAGGAGGGUGGUCCUGUUCAAUUUCGAUGGAUGUAUUUCAUCGAGAGAAUGUUGCGCACAUUAAAAAGUUAUGUACGCAACAUGGCUCGCCCAGAAGGGUCAAUUGCUGAGGGCUAUCUUGCAGAAGAAUGCAUGACAUUCUGUUCCAAAUAUUUGACUGAUAUGGAGACAAAAGAAAAUCGUCCAGAUAGGAAUUCUAGCUCUUCCAACAUGGAUCCUAAUGGCUUAUCUGUAUUUAAUUGUCGUGGUAAGCCAUUUGGAGGGGGGGAACAUUUAGAAAUAUUAACAAAGGAGAAUAACAAAAAUGUUGCCAAGAGGCACAAAGAGGAAUUUCCUUUGUGGUUUCAGAAAAAGGUGAUACAAUUAAAAGAUAACGGUGAUGGUCGAAUUACUGAUCAAUUGCUCGCUUUGGCAAGAGGUCCAGAUUUACGAGUAGAAUGUCAUAAUGGAUAUAUCUUGAAUGGUUUUAGGUUUCGAACAGUGGCAUCCGAGAAAUUUUUAAAAACUCAAAAUAGUGGUAUAGUUGUAAAGAGUGAUGAAUAUACAGAAAAUGCUGAUUAUUAUGGAAAGAUAAGAAGAAUUUUAGAAAUCCAAUAUCUGGACAAAAAUUUAGUGACAUUGUUCCAAUGUGACUGGUUUGAAGUUCCACCUCAAGGUCGAAGUCAAAGUAGAGGUUGA